AUGGCAGCUUCCACUCGAAGCCUCCCCAGAGCAUCAGUCCUACGCGCCUCAAGGUUGACACAGGGUCUGACCUCUCGCCGACCCUUCCACUCAUACGAUCAUCCACCACCACCAGGACCAUUUGGCGAUGCAGAAAAUUCCAUCCUUGCCGCCGCCUACAAGCACGUACCCGAACUCGGAUUCUCUCAGAAAGCUCUCGGUCGUGGAGCAAGAGAUGCCGGUUAUCUCGACAUCAGUGCAAGCGUUAUCCCCGAUGGCGCCUUUGGCCUGAUCCGAUACCAUCUAACUAUCCAGCGAGAAGCUUUGGCAGCUCGCAGCAGGGAAAUCUUUCCUGAUACAGAUCAUCCAAGUGUUGCGGCAAGAGUAGAGGCUCUGACAUGGGAGCGGCUUAUGGGCAACAAGGAGAUUCUGGGCCGUUGGCAAGAGGCAUUGGCCGUUAUGGCACAACCCAGCUACGUUCCCGAGUCCCUAAAAGAGCUUGCCAAACUCUCAGACGAAAUUUGGUUCCUUGCUGGCGACAAGGCCGUCGAUCCCUCAUGGUAUACCAAGCGUGCCACUCUAUCUAUGAUCUACAGUACAAGCGAGCUAUUCAUGACAAAUGAUCGAUCCCCUGAUUUUGUUGAGACAAGACAAUUCCUUCAGAGAAGACUUGGCGAAGUCAAGUCAGUCGGUGGCAUGGUUGGAUCGUUUGGUCAAUGGGCCGGGUAUACACUCAGCGCUGGUGUCAAUAUACUAAGGAGCAAGGGCGUAAGGGUCUGA